AUGCUCAUCAGUGUCGCCAUCCUCGCCGCGGCCGCAGUCACCCUCGCCGCUCCCGCAAACUUGAGGGCCGUCGCCGAGGCCCGCAACGACCCCGUCGAGGCCUCCCUCCCGUUACCUAUCCCAGAAAAGCGUUACCCAGCCCCGCUCCUGCCCGAAGGCGAGAUCUGCAAUACCAAGCGCUCGCCGUGCGCCAGGGACUACUGCUACCGCUGCUGCGACGACGGCAAGCACGCUUGCCUCGCCCCAGGGUCCCUGUGCUACAAGGACACUCGCGGGGUGUACAUGUGUUUCGAUUACAAGACCGCCGUGCAAUGGAUCUAA